AUGGCCGACUCACCGGCAUCCGAAGCGUCGCAGGAGUCUGCAGAAGAGUCCAACGCACCACAACCACCUACCAAAACGCCCGCGGUCAAGGACAAAGAGUGCCAGUACUGCCACCAACACUUCACUUCCUCCUCCCUCGGCCGGCAUCUCGAUCAAUUCAUCUCGAAAAAGAAGCCUGAUGGUAUACAUGACGUUGAAGAAAUCCGAAGACUGCGGGGCGGAAUCACGAGGCGCACAGCAAGAAGCUCGAAGCGAGACAGAGAGAAAGACCACGAUGACACACGCUCAUCACAGACAUCCCCAGGCCCGAGGCUGCAGCCGGGGACAUUGACAUCUGCUGCAAGCGAAUUGAACCGUGUGCCUCCUGGCGGGUACCACGUCCGAUUGAAUAGGCUGAACUGGCAGGCAACCGGCGUCAUUACCGAUCCAGCGACACUCGAUUCACCAGUGGCCCCCCCUCCUCCAACACCUGCAGUGGUUUCCAGCCCGUCGGGCAUGAAACGUAACUUUUCGGUCUUUGCGCAGGACGUCAAUCCAACCGCAAAUGCAGAGACUACCCGGGCUCUCGAACUCGCCCUUCGCGAAGUCCUGGACUCUCUCCGAGCGGCAACCAAGCAUGCCUCCCCAAAGCCCUCGCCCUUCACGUUCGAUGUCCCAUCGCAAACGUUCCCUUCUCUGUGUCUAAAGGUGCUUCCUGCGCCAGCGACAUUGUUCCAAGCAUCUCCCUUCUCGACUCCGCAAUCCAUACCCAUCUCCCCGCCCGGACCAGACCAGCUUCAACCGCUCCGACAGAAGCUCACCUCCACAAUCGAUUAUUGGAAAUGGCAGGCUUUACGGCUGGCUCAACCUACGACCUCGAACAUCGCAGAGGAGGCCGAUUUCCUCACUCGGAGCGCGGCGCAAUGGACCGAGACGACUCUCAACCACCUGGAAACAAGUUACCAGAAUUGGAUGGCUCACCCGAUUGAAAUACGGAAUUUGUUGUGGCAAGUGGAGCUAUUGAGGUCCUAUCACUCGGAACAGCAGAAAGUGUCGGAGAUGGAAGAGAAGCUGGAGGCUCUGCAGCAAGAAGCAAAUCAAUUACAGCAACAAGUGGAAUACUUAUCGCGGUGCCAAUGGCCAAGAGAGAUGGCAUUGUGGCCACCCGAACGCCGAACGUUUGGGACAUCGAUGCGCGAAGAAAUUCGGCUGAUGAAUCUAAACAAGGUCCCUGGUGGCGAGUACGAGGACAUGGCGUCUCUUCCGGACAAUCUGAAUACGAGGGGGGACAAGUGGGAUUUCGACAAGUUGGUCAAUAAAUGGAAGGCUCAUGUGAAGGAGGAUAGAAACAGGAGGGUGCCACAGAUCCAGUCGUCAGUGGAGAGCGGAGCAAAGGUUGCGGAACUCAAAAAUUCACAAAGCGAGUCUGGUGUUGUGAAUGGGCUAUCAAACGGGCAGUCGCCAAAUAGUGAAGGCCGGCGAAAGAGCACAAGGAAUCAGAAGGGAAAUAUCAGUAUAAUUUCAGACUUGUAA